AUGCACAGCCCGUACUUCUACGGGGCCUUCAAGCUGCACCGCGACAAGGGGGUGCGGCUGCUCAAGCGCUUUUUCGCGCAGGCGGGCAUCAGCCCCAGCCAAUACGGCCAGUUCUUCUGCAAGAUGCAGCUCCCGAUCCGGAAAACCAUCAAGAAAAAGUUCCAGCAGUACGGGAAGGACGUCGGCCUAACUGAGCGCAACAUGUUUCUCGACCAAUUCGUUCGCAACAACGGGCUCCUGGACGACGUCUCGACGUCCCUCUUCUUGAACGAGCUGUCUUGCUCAGAUGCCGCACACAUCCUCCUCGCGCAGCUGAGCUCUGUACCUGCCUCGCUCAGCGGCGCCAGCCUAGAUAAGCUGCCAACGAAUGCAGAUGGCCAUCGAGAUCUUCAGGCGAUCCAGGUGCUUGAGCGGGAGACCAUGUGCGAGAACUUUUAUCGAGCCACAGACGCCGUCCUCAACAAGGACUCGGCGAGCCUGAAGGAGGGCCUCGGCCUGGCUGUCGAAGUCGCGAAGGCAGUGCAGAGCAUGGCGCGGAUGAUCGUAGACACGAAGCUCAUGCGCAAGUGCAGCAGGUUCCGUUGGUGCAAGGUGGAGCAACCAGGGCACAUCUUCAGACACAGCCUCUCUGUUCGGAAGCUGUCGGUCUGGCUGCUGCAGGUGUUCUUCUCGGAGCUGUCGGGGACGAAGGGCGACAGCCAGAAGCCGCUGCUGAUGAUCCUGCACGACCGUGUGCGGGAGAGCUAUCUGUGCGUGGGGACCACGCCGAAGAAAGGUGCCUGGGAGGGCGACUGCUUCGGCUCCAUCUUCCGAAGCGCUCUCAGGGCUGAUCCUUCGUUGAAGUUCGCCUAUGACUUCUUCGACAAGUCAUGCAUCGAGAUUGCAGUGGACGACUUUGACCGUUUCCUUGAGCUCAUCACCUCUACAGCAUGA